AUUUCCCGAUUAUAGUUUCUCCCUAGAGAUCCCGAUUUCUCUUCUAGCCCUCAAUCGGCGCAAGAAUCUCUCAUCCCUCUACAUUCGAUAAACCGCGAUUUCUUCGCUGGAGAAGCUUCCAGAUUAAGGUAUUACUUGCCAAUUGUCACUUCACCUGAAACCCGUUGCCUUUUACUGUAUAUACUUUGUUCUGAUUUGGUAUAUAGAUUCUUCAUAAUGUCAUCGUUAGCCGGAAUGAGGCGAUUCAUUCCGAAAUCACUUUCUUCAUAUGUUAACACCUUCCAUAGACAAUAUAAUUUGUCUCCCCCGUUUACGACCCGUGUCAGUGAAGUUUAUCUUCGAGCUUCUCUCCCUUAUUUGAAUAGUAAGUAUCACUAUACUGAUUCACUAAGAACUGAAAAUCACGCGAAGAAUGUUUGUGAAAUGAUUAGUGCGAGAUCUCUCGUCCAGAAUCAAUCAUUGGGUACAAAGAAUUACAGUUCUUCCUCGCGUCUUGCUUUCAUUACUCCCAAUGAUAGGAAGAAAAUUGGGUCCCUCAUGAUCAUCCCUCCUUUGUUAAAUUGUCGAUCAUAUUCCUCGAGUGAAGGUGGUGGAGGUGGAGUCAACGGAAGUGACUGGGUUGACCAGAUAAAGAAUGCCUCACAUUCUACAGUUACUUAUAUUGGGGAUAAAGCUAAAGAAGUAUCCAAUGAUUUGUCUCCUUAUGCUACUGAAUUACUUGAUACAUAUCCAUAUCUUAGAGAUGUGAUAGUUCCUGUUAGUGGUACCAUAUUAGCUACUACAUUGUCUUGGAUGGUGUUGCCAAGGAUCCUAAGGAGACUCCACAUGUACUCAUCACAAGGUCCAGCAACAUUAUUAUCUGGGACUACUUUUUGGGGUCCAGCUCCUUAUGAGAAAAGUUUUUGGGGAGCUUUGGAAAGUCCAGUUCGAUAUGUGAUGACAUUCAUGGCGUUUUCACACAUCGCCACGAUGGUAGCUUCAAACAUUAUAUCACCUGACUACCUUGUCCCAAUUUGGAGAGGAGCUCUCAUUGUUUCGUUUGUGUGGUUUUUGCAUCGCUGGAAAACAAAUGUCUUUGAACGUGCUUUGUCUGGACCUAAUGUAUCAAAGGCUAUACGAGGAAAGUGGUUGAUUGUGGAUAAUAUGUCAUCCAUAGGUCUAUUUGUUAUUGGAUUAUUGUCGUUGGCAGACUCAUGUGGUGUGCCUGUUCACUCUAUUAUUACAUUUGGCGGUAUAGGAGGUGUGGCUACUGCUUUUGCAGCUAGAGACGUUCUUGUUAAUGUACUUAGUGGAAUAUUCAUGCAGGCUUCACAACCUUUCUCCAUUGGAGACACAAUAAAGGCUGGAUCUGUGGAAGGUCAAGUGUUGGACAUUGGGCUUACAACUACAUCGUUACUCAGUGCAGAGAAGUACCCCAUCACAGUUCCAAACUCAAUGUUUUUGAGUCAGGCGAUUGUCAACAAGUCAAGGGCUCAUUGGCGUGCGAUCUCUGUCAAAAUUUCAUUUAGCAUUGACGAUCCUUACAAGAUCCCUCAGAUAUCAGAUGAAAUAAAGAACAUGUUGAUGUCGCAUCCAAAGGUUUUCUUAGAAAAGGAACCCCCAUAUUGUUCCCUUUCUGGUGCAGAAAGAUACUACAAUGAACUGACUAUGGGAUGCAAUCUUAAACAGAUGGUCAAGUACGAGCUGUUUUUGACACAGCAAGAUAUUAUGGUGCAGUCAAUCCAGAUAUUGAAGCAGCACGGUGCUAAAUUGGGCGACACUUAUGACGAUAGUAAUACUAGUCACAUAUCUCAAAGCAUAUGAAGUAUGUAUGUCCAUUUUUUUUUCUUCAAACCAAAAUGUUCAUUCAAGGUUUUGGGUUCAUAAACAACAGGGGUUGUUUUCUUUCAUUCAUUCUGUUAUCUCCCCUUGUUUAAACUUACUGAUAUUCGUUUGUCCAUCCCUUCGAUAUAGUUGUAAAUUUGUGAGU